ACUGUGCGAAGCGCUCUUCUGUUUCAGCACUACGCAAAACACAGCUGUGUCUACCGAACGGGUGGUUCUUUAACGCCGUCAGAAAUAAGGUUUGGUGUUUACCUUGCCUGUUGUCUACAGACGUCUUGGCUUUUUUGGAUAAAUGCUGGGCAGCAGCUCAACCAUGCAUCACGGCUAUCCUCUACUCAUCCUCUUCCUCCUCUGUCUAAGAGGACUUGAUCUUGUUUUGGGAUUCAAAAUCUGCGCCUUCAACAUCCAGAGUUUUGGCGAUUCCAAAUCGACCAACGUGCCGGUCAUGCACACUUUGGUCCGGAUCUUGUCUCGCUGUGACGUGUGUCUGCUUCAAGAGGUGAGAGACUUCAAGGGUAAAGCCAUCCCAACCCUGCUGUCCGUGCUCAACAGGUAUGAUGAAAAGUAUCACUAUGACUACGUGGCCAGUGGGCGUCUGGGCAGGACAUCUUACCAGGAGCAGUAUGUGUUUGUGUACAGGACAGGGUCAGUGAUGUUGCAGGAUACAUACCAGUACCCCGACACUCAGAAGGGGGAUAUGGAUGCCUUCUCCAGGGAACCCUUCGUAGUGAGAUUCAAAGCACCGAAGACAGUUAUCGGAGACUUUGUCCUAAUCCCCCAGCACACUACACCCAGCAACGCCACCAAAGAAAUCGAUGAGCUCUAUGAUGUCUUCCUGGAUGUUAAAAAAAAGUGGAAAAUAGAGGAUGUGAUGUUCCUGGGAGACUUAAACGCAGCCUGUGGAUAUGUGGCCAAGAAAAACAGGAAGAACAUCCGACUGAUGUCAAUGCCUGAGUUUUACUGGCUGAUUAAAGAUCAAGAUGACACUACCGUUAGAGAGACAACCAGCUGCGCCUAUGACCGCAUCGUGGUACACGGGGAGACAUUCCUACGAGCAAUCGAGCCCUAUUCCGCCCGGCCCUUCAGGUUUGACAAGGAGUUCCACCUUCCACUGGAAAAGGCUUUGGACGUGAGUGACCACUACCCUGUGGAGGUGGAGCUGAAGACUUGGUCCUCAGCAUGGCGACAGGCCCAGGUCCACCCACUCCUCGUCCCUCUAGCCGUGCUGAUCCUCGGCUCGUCCCUCCUCUCCGGGUCAGACUUGGAAUAAAGAUCCUGAUGGAGCAUACCUGUGGAAAACAGCACAUAAGACUUAUGAAAGAAUGUACCUUCAGGAAGCUGACCAGAGGAAACACACAUCGCCAGGAUAUGCACAGGUUUCACAGAGAAAAUGUGGUGAACUCUUGCUUUCUUGUGAAUCUCUUCAUAGCCAUAUCAAAGGGACACUCUGGACACUUAAGUGCCAUCUCAUUUAAGGGAGAUGGGUAAUGUGGUGAACUCUUGCUUUCUUGUGAAUCUCUUCAUAGCCAUAUCAAAGGGACACUGGAGACUUAAGUGCCAUCUCAUUUAAGGGAAUUUUUCUGAUUUUUAGAGUUUUGUGUGUCUGACCAAAGUCUUAUUUUUUCAGUUGGAGAUUCUGUGUUCUGAAUUCUGAGCAAUUACUCAUCAGGAAUGGACUCUGCACACCCAGAGCAGUUUGAGCCCUUCCAGGUCUUCGUCAAAGCAGCAUAGUGUUCCAACAGCCAGCUUCCUCUCUGUGCACCAAGCUGCUUGUGGGAAGACCUGCAAGGGCUCAUACUACUUUGAAUUGGUAGCUGCCCCCAUCCCAGCUCCUGGAUCACCCAUUGGCAGAAUCGGAGUCUUGAUCGGAAGCUCAAAGGUAUAGUCAUGACUGGACAGGGGAAGGCCAAUCAGAAAUCAGAUUAUGAUGUUUUAUCAGGCGUGUUCUGUUCCUGCAGUUGUGACUGAGCAUUCCACACUUCCUCCAUAAGCCUACAAGCCCACCUGCCACCUUCAGGUGAUGACGCAAUCCAUCCAGAGCUUUUUAGUGUAAACAAAGCAAUGCAAAUCACUGAACAAAUAAAUGCUUCUUCUUCGGGUAAAGAUGCCAUGAUUCAUGAAGGGAAACCUGUGUUUGCGUACGCAUGAAAGUGAGCCAAAACUAAAAUGAAACUAGGAGAGUGGUGAGGCCCUUAAUGUGUAUAUCAUAUUAAACCUAUCAAAUGAUUGAUUUUAGCUGGAGUUUCCCUGUGAGUAAGUCAGUAUGUCUUUUCUCAGCAUUUUGGUAAGCUCUGUGUGCACUUCAGGGUGGACAUUACUUGCAGUAAUCUACCCUACAGAGAGGUCUCACUGAGAAUCUCUGACCUCAUUCAUACCAAAAAUACCCCUUUGAUAUUCCACAUUAAGUAGGUAUGGAAGCAGCCAUGUCUUCAUGUUUUUAUGCCACUGAUAUGACUUUGAAUACUAAUAUAAAAAGUGUAAAUGGUGCCUUUUAUGUCUGUUAAUUUGUUGCAGGAACUGUACUGUAGGUUUCUGUGGAAGGGGGAAAGGGUCAAUAAAAAGCUCAAUCUGGAAAGUUUUACUCAUUUAUUUUUACAGAUGAAAGGAUUAGUGGUAUAUGAUGGAAGGUUCAGGUUGUCAUGGUGAGCAGAAUGGGACCACUAAGUACUCUGAAAUAUUAGUACUCACAAAAUAUUAGACCUGCUGUGCAGAAUUCCCAGGUGCCUUGUAUUAUCCUGUCUUGCAGAAGGUGGGGUGAUAGAGUACACACCAGCUCUGUUCAACAUUACAGUAUCUCUCAGGUCUAUGGGGGAGAGAGGCCUGCUGUAACACUCAAGAUGGGAGGGGACCAUGUGCAACCAUGUUCUGUCUACAUGGAGCAUUUGCUGAGUUUUCCUGCCCAGGGGUCUUUUACCGUCACAUCCCAGGA